AUGUCAGGUAUCAAUAUAAACAUCAAUCUGAAUCUAGAGAAGAAUAAAGCUGCCAAAAGCAAAGGAGAAAAACUUUAUGAUGGAGAACCAAAAAAGAAGAAAAAGAAGCAAGGCAAAUCAAAAUAAACUAAUCAAUCACCCCUUCCUUGGGGAUUGAAUCAAGAAAGACUUAAGAAUUAUAUCUUUGCUUAAUUGGCGAAGAGAGACAACCUAUUGUAUCAACAAUAGAUGAGGAAAGGUAAGGAGGAAGAACCAAAGGAAGAUCGUCGAGAGAUUUUGGGAGUCUCAUUUUUGAAUCACCUUCCAAAAAGGAAAAUCAAAUAGAUGAUUAAUAAAUAGAAGGUCAAUGAAGAGGAGGAAUAAACACAAUAUUAACCAAAAUUCAAUGAAUAACAAUUACAAGAGAUACGAAUGUACAAAGAAUGGAAGAAAAGACAAAUUUAAUUUGAAAUGCAGUUCAAAAAACAACAAGAAAUAGAUAGAUAAACUAAAAUCUAACAAAAUUUAUAGAAUUUAAACGAAUAUAUUAAAUAUCGUAAUCAUACUACAUCCGUGCAUCAAAAAAAGUCAGUGUCCUUUCAUAAAAAGAAAAGAACAAAAUCAUCGAUGGCAGAUAAGAAAAAAGAAUUGAUUAUGAAAUAUCAGAAUCUAGCUAAUCGUUAUGCUCAAAUCAAUGGAGAACCCAAAGAUAAUCAAAGUUGUUUUGGAUUAGUAUUGGACAGCGAUCAAGAAGGUAUAUCUUAAAUGGACUCAAUACAUAAAAGCACUAGGCGGUAGCAUGUUAUUUCUGAGCCAACCUUGGAUGAGGAUGAGGAAUAACAAAUCCAAGAAUUGGGAAACCUGGAAAAAGAAAUGGCUUAAAUCGUUAAGGCUGCAAUUAUAAUUUAAAAGGUUUGGAGAGGUUAUAAGACGAGACAAAUAUUAUCAUAUUACAAGAACUAUGUUGAAGAUGAUGAAGAUGAAAUCAAGUUGGAUCAAUUAACUCCAAAUUUGAGUUAGAGAUAAGCUUAAUUGGAACCCAUCUGUCAAUCAGUGUAGAUAGGUAAGGAGCAGAGUGGAUUGAAGUCAUCUUAGAAAAAGAAUGAUAAAAAUGGAUUCAAUACGUUUAUUGAUUAAUUGGAUUGGGAUGAUGAAAAUGAAGAUCAAUUCAAUUCUUAAAAGGUGUCAUCUAUUAAGAAGUUGCCUCAAUAGAAAUCAAAUCAUAAAAUUAUCAUUGAAAAAUAAAAACAACAAUGGCAUCAAAUGUUAGAGCACAUUUCACAAUUAUAAAGGAAAGGAUCUAAAUAAAAUAUUAAGGAAGUCUUGUAGGAUUUAAAGGCUUUCACAUUGUAAUUAACAAAUGAAAUAGAUGGAGAAAUGAAUGAAGAUAAUUUAGAUAAGCAAGAAUAAUAACAGUCAGUAGAAAUGAGUGAAAUUAGAUAAGUGAUGGGAUCUGAGAAUCUAGUUAAAUUAUCAUAGACUUCAUCACCUGCUAAUAAAGAUGCUUCCUUGUUUGAAUAGAAUCCAUUCUAUGAUUUUGCAUCAAAAAAAUUCAAAGAACUUCUCAAUCGAGAGUAUAUGAAUAAAUUAAUCUAAAUGAGAGAGACAGCAAUUGAAGAAAGACAAAAAAAUGAAAUGAAAAAUAUUCAUGAAGCAUUGUAACAAAAAUAAAUCAGUCCUAAAACAUAUGAAAAGUAAAAAUUCAAAAUUGAAAAGUGGGUUACUAAAGAAAAAGAAGACUUCAAAUAACAGAAAUCGAACAUUGAAAAUGGAUGGAAAGGAUUAUAUGAGACAUUUAUGAGAACAUAAAAAGAUUUAUUAUUUAUGUCUAAGUUGAAAAAUCAGUAAUUAACCUCCUCAUUCUCAAGUGAAAAUGUCAGUAACUUGAGAUUGAUAAGAGAAAUCAAUUCAGGAUCACAAUCAAAAAUAGUAAAAACCAAUAAUUUUGAUACUGUAACUAUGAAUUUUAGUUCAUCCAUCUGUGAAUCAUAAGAUAUCAGAAAAGUUCCUAAAACUUCUCCUUCCCCAUCUCCACGUCAAUAGUAAUAAUAAUAUAAUCAAUAAUAAAUCUACGAAAAUUUGGAAUGGGAUGAUGAAAUGUUGUACACAAGUGAUAAUUUAGACUGUGGUAAGAUUCAACAAUCCCAAGUCAUCAAAGUCUCUACACUUAUACAUAAAGAACCUGAGUAUAAUGAUUCAUAAAUCUAAUCAUAUUCCAUUUUAAUUGCUAACUCAAUUAUUGGAAAUGAAAUACAAGAUAUGUAUGAAGAAUUGAAGUUGUACAACAAAGACAUCACUACAUUAAUAAAGUUCCAGCAAAGCAAAGGAAUUAAGACCAAUAUUUAAUAAGUCAAAGUCUAUUUAGCCAAGUUAGAAUCAUUCUUAUUGCAGUCUGAUAGGAAAGUAGCAUUGAUCUAAAGAAUAAAUACUCCUUUGGGGCCAACUCCAAAAGAAAUCUUGAAAUUUUUCCAUUAUUAUGAUGAAGAGGAUGAUUAUCAAUCCAGCGAACACGAUGAUUAAUCAAAUUAACCUAUCUUAUAGACAGAAUAAUAUGCUUAAUUAGAGAAUUAGCUGAUGGAGGAAGAACAAAUCUCUUCGGAUGAUGGGUUUUUGUUGGAAUUAGAGCAUAUUCAUAAUAAAGUCCUGUAUGAUGCACUAAAUGAAGCUUUGGAUUACUUUAGACCUUUCGGGUUAAAUGGUUAUCCCCUGCCUUGGAUUAAACAGCCAUUAGAAUUGAUAUAAAGAAAUAAGAAGUCAGAGACUCUUUAAGAGAUAUUCUAAGGAGCUAUAAAAUAGGUCACUGAUUGGGCAUCAUUCUUAGUAGGUUUGAUAAUCGAUAAGCCUGACUCCCCAUUCCCAAAAAUUCUAAUGUUAGAUUAAGAAUACUUAAAUCAAAUUAAAGAGGAGAGGAUGAUAAGAAUGCUUAAUUAAGAAAUUUAUCAAAAUGAAGAGAGAUGGCUGAUAUAUGAUGAAGAAUAAUCUGAAAUUCUAGUUGAAAUUUCAUAGAUGGUUUAAGAUUAAUUAAUGGAUGAAUGCUUAAAAGAGCUAAUUUAGUUUUAAUGA